CCUUAUCCCAGAUCCCCUCUACAUGCAAUCAAUCAACCGAUUUCUGUACGGUCCAACUGCAGAAGAGAAAGUGCGAGCAUGGCAGACGAAACUACGACAUGAAAGCCGAAUACUCGAUCGAGAAAUGAGGCAGCUUGACGUGGAGACGAACAAGGCGCGAAACACGCUGAAACAGCUCGCGAAGAAGGGGGACACGAAGUCUGCGAGGAUAUUGGCGAGGGAGGUGGUGCGGAGCAAUAAGCAGAAGGAUAGGAUGUCGGUGAGCAAGGCGAGGUUGAACUCGAUAGGCACGCAGUUGCAGCAACAAUUGGCUAUGUCGAAGGUUACGGGCUCGUUGCAGAAGUCUACGGAGAUCAUGAAGUUGUCGAAUAGCUUGAUCAAGCUUCCUCAAAUCAGCCAGACCAUGCGGGAGAUGAGCAUGGAGAUGACCAAGGCCGGGAUCAUGGAUGAUAUGUUGGAGGAUGUUCUCGAGAUGGAUGACGACGAAGAGCUUGAAGAGGAAGCGGACGCGGAAGUCGAUAAGGUUCUCUUCGAUCUCACCGACGGCAAGUUAGGCCAGGCAGGCAGCGUGCAGACCGAGCUUCCUUCAACACAAGACGCAUUGGACGAGGAGGCGGCCGAGAGAGAGAUGGAGAAGUACCGGGAGCAGCUGAAUGGUCUGCUCAGCGGAUGAUAAGUACGCUGCUAUGCCCCAUGGGGCCACAACAACUCUCAGAUCUCAGCAGGGCUCUGGAGGGUUGGAGGGGCCAGGCUCGGCCAGAUUGAUGAUGUUCGAUGAUUUUUGUGACAUACUUAAACAGUCAAGGAUUCCGAUAUCUUGUACACUACCUGUAAUUUCCCCGCGCUUUGGUUCUUCUACUCGGACACGGUUUGCUACGUUCUCUGGACAUACAUAGACGGAUUGCAAAAGUAGUGUGGCGAGGGCAUAAGUUGGACCCGGCGACGGCGAAGGAUGGUCCCGGUUGAACGAUCCGUCAGUCUCCGGCAAGCUUCCGGUCAACCUCACUUUUCUCCUUCAGCUUUGCAGCAUCCCUUCGCCGUCCCUACGUACUCUCCUCGCUAUGCUUGCCUCUCGCUCUCUCGCUGGCGCCACUCAGCGCGUUGCUUUCAACCAGUCUCUUAGACGGUAUGCCUCUGCGGCACCUACCGCUGCUUUUGCAGGUCAAAAGGGCAGUAACGGCAAAUAUACGGUCACUCUGAUUCCCGGAGACGGCAUUGGACCCGAAAUUAGUGAAUCCGUGAAGACCAUCUAUGAUGCUGCCGGUGUCCCAAUUCAAUGGGAAGAAGUCAGCGUGGCCCCCAUCCUGAAGGGUGGCAAGACCGUGAUUCCGGACGCAGCCAUCAACUCUGUGAAGAAGAACACUGUGGCGCUCAAAGGUCCAUUGGCUACCCCCAUCGGCAAGGGACACGUCUCGCUCAACUUGACUCUUCGCCGAACCUUCAACUUGUUCGCCAACGUCCGACCUUGCGUCUCCAUCAAGGGUUUCAAGACUCCCUAUGACGAUGUCAACACUGUGCUCAUUCGUGAGAACACUGAGGGAGAGUAUUCUGGUAUCGAGCACGAGAUUGUCGACGGUGUUGUGCAGUCCAUCAAGCUCAUCACUUGGGAGGCGUCUGAGCGUGUUGCACGUUAUGCGUUCCACUACGCUCAGGGCAGCGGCAGGAAGCGUGUUACCGCCGUGCACAAGGCGAACAUCAUGAAAAUGUCUGACGGCAUGUUCUUGUCUGCUUGCCGUCAAGUCGCCAAUGACUUCCCUGAAGUCACCUACGACGAGGACUUGCUUGACCGUGUCUGCCUCCAGAUCACGCAAAACCCUGCGCCUUACGCCGACCGGGUCAUGGUCAUGCCCAACUUGUACGGUGAUAUUCUUUCCGACAUGUGCGCAGGCUUGAUUGGUGGUCUCGGACUGACGCCUUCGGGUAACAUCGGACGGGAUGCAUCCAUCUUCGAGGCAGUCCAUGGUUCGGCACCCGACAUCGCUGGCAAGGGCCUUGCCAACCCCACCGCGCUCUUGCUCUCCUCGCUGAUGAUGUUGAGGCAUAUGAACCUCAACCAGCACGCCGAUACCAUUGAGAAGGCCGCCUUGACGACCAUCGCUGAGGGUAAGACCAUCACUGGUGAUCUCGGUGGCAAGUCGUCGACGAAGGAGUACACGAGCGCGAUCAUUGCGAGGUUGGGCAAGCCGUAAUUGCGAGGAGGGCGGGUCUGCGAGUGGGCUAGAUACAUUCUACUUUACGCUCAAAAAUGGACGGCUUUUUACGCUACGUACAUAGAGAGCUAGCGAGUGCCUGAGCAAUACCCAUGUAUGUAAAAACACUAGUGUGAGCAGG